CCGUGUUGUGCUUUCCAGCAGAGAUCAUCAGCGCCAGUCACGCGACUUUUUUUUACCUGUCCCGACGAUUAACAUUCCACCAAAUUGCUGCCUUGACUACAAAUUUUGCAAGACAUGUUUUUUUAAUGAUCGCAGAAAAUGCCAAAAGUGAUGUGACGCAAUCUUCAAUAUAAAUUAGUGCGCUAGUGAGAGAGCUUUCAGUGAAUUUGGACAAAGGGAAGAGAGAGUGAAGGAGAACAAUGACCAAGAACUACGAUGUGUCGCUCCAGAAGCCGAUGAAGAGUUCUCCGGACAGCGAUGAUGCCAAGACGCUGGAGGAUGGCUUGACGUGGAAGUUCUGGCAGAAGAGGCGCUACAUUGUCGUGAUGAUGGCCUUCUUCGGAUUCUUCAACGUCUACGCAUUGAGAGUGAAUCUCAGCGUGGCUAUUGUGGCCAUGACGGAGAAAGUCAAAGUGACUCUUGAGAAUGGCACAGUUGUGGAGCAUCAGGAGUUUGAGUGGGACUCAACUCAGCAAGGACUGGUGCUGAGUUCCUUCUUCUACGGCUACAUCUGGACGCAAUUUCUGGGCGGCGUUCUGGCGUCCAAAAUCGGUGGUCAUUACGUUUUUGGGGCUGGCAUUGGCAUGACCGCCAUCCUGACCCUGCUCACGCCCGUCGCGGCCACCCACAGUGUCUGGAUGCUGAUGGCGGUGAGGAUAAUCGAGGGUGUGUUCGAGGGCGUCACUUUUCCCUGCAUUCACGCCGUUUGGGCGCGCUGGGCGCCAGUCUAUGAGCGCUCCAGAAUGGCCACAAUCGCCUAUGCGGGAAACUAUGCUGGAACCGUGGUCGCCAUGCCCUUGUCCGGCGUCCUGGCGGGCAGAUUCGGCUGGCAGAGUGUCUUCUACGUCUUCGGCGGCAUCGGAUGUGUGUGGCUUGUGGCGUGGUUCCUCAUCGUCAGAGCCGGGCCAGAGUGUGAUCCCUUCAUCAGUGAUCAGGAGCGUGAGUACAUCGAGCGCAGCAUUGGAGAUCCCAAUGAGAAGAGGAACAUCAAGCAUCCCUGGAAGGCCAUCUUCACCUCGGCCGCCGUCUGGGCCAUCGUGGCGUCAAACUUCGCGGAGAAUUGGGGAUUCUACACACUUCUCACGCAGCUUCCGACAUUCCUCAAGGACACUCUUGGCUUUGAACUGGGCAAAACUGGUUUCAUCUCGGCUAUUCCCUACCUCGUCAUGGGCAGUCUUUUGGGCAUUUCCGGCUACCUGGCGGACUGGAGUCAGGUCAAGGGCUAUCUGACCACAUCUCAGGUCAGGAAGUACUUCAACUGCGGCGCCUUCCUCGGCCAGACGGUCUUCAUGAUGCUGGCGGCUUAUCUGCUGGAUCCCACGGGAACUGUGGCCAGUAUCACAGUGGCUGUGGGACUGGGAGCCUUCGCCUGGUCAGGAUUUAUAGUAAAUCCUCUUGAUCUGGCUCCCAAUCAUGCCUCAGUCAUUCUGGGCUUUUCCAACAUGAUCGGCACAAUUCCUGGCAUUGUCAGUCCACUCCUGACCGGCGUGAUCACCAAGGACAGAACCAAGGAGCAGUGGCAGAUUGUCUUCUACAUCACAUCCGGAAUCUACUGCGUUGGAUGCGUCAUUUACUGGUUCUGGUCGUCAGGAGAGCUCCAGCCUUGGGCCACGGCCGGCGAGAAAUCCCUGGAGCAGCUCGAGAGUCCCAAGAAAUCCACCACCGAGAAGAAUGGCAUCAAGAACGAGGCCAUGGAGAUGGACGAGUAGCGCAAAGCUCUGCUUUUUCUAUCCACUUUUAGUGAUAUUAAGUUGCAAUAAUUUAUUCAAAAAACCAAUUCCACCAGUGCGAAUGUAGUGAAUUAUGUCUAUUAAAUGUAAAACUGGUAAAAAUGAGCUGAAGCUUUUAC